AUGGGUAGCAUAGCAGAAAAAUGGAAGGUUUUUAGUGGUGAGAAUGACUGGAAGGGCCUAUUAGACCAUCCUCUGGACAAUGAUUUCCGCCGUUACAUAAUUCACUACGGCGAAAGGAACGAAGCUCUCGGCGACGCCUUCAUCGCGGAGGAGAAAUCGAAGAACUACGGGCGAUCCCGUUACGCGAAGAGGGAUUUCUUCUCCAAGGUGGGGUUAGAGAAAGGGAAUCCAUACAAAUACGAGGUCACCAACUUCAUUUAUGCGGCGUUAGAGCUCAAGCCGCCGAGCUUGACUGCUACAUGGAAGGUUAUCAAGCAGUCGAACUUGAUGGCCUAUGUUGCUGUGGCCACAGACGACGGCAAGGCGGCAUUAGGGAGGAGGGACAUUCUGGUUAGCUGGAGAGGUACCAUGUUAGACCCUGAAUGGAUUAAGGAUUUAGAUUUCGCCUCAGUUUCAGCGUCCAAGAUACUUGGAACGGCCAAUGAUCCCAAAGUACACAAUGGUUGGUAUUCCUUGUACACUGGGACAAAUCCUGACUCCCCUCUCACUUCCAUUAGUGCCAGAGAUCAGAUUAUAAAUGAGAUCAAAAAACAAGUGGCUGCAUACAAGGACGAGGAUUUGAGCAUAACUUUUGUUGGCCACAGCAUGGGAGCUGCAAUAGUAACACUGAAUGCAACAGACAUUGUUUUCAAUGGAUUUAACAAGCUCCCAGAUAAGCCAGACAAGGCCAUUCCCGUCACAGCCUUUUGCAUUGCCUGUCCUCGGAUCGGAGAUGAAGGGUUUUCGAAGGUAUUCACGGGGCUGAUCGGUUCCAAUCUUCAUGUCCUGCGCAUCAAUAAUUACCUGGACAUUGUCCCCAAGUAUCCACCUGGUUAUUAUUUGUAUUCUGACGUAGGACAAGAAUUGGUCGUUGACUCUCUCGAAUCGCCAUAUUUGAAGAAGGCUUUGUUGACUUUGCAUUCUUUGGAGGUUCACUUGCACACAGUUGCGGGGUACCAAGGACCUGAUAAGGAAUUUGAUUUAAAGGCCAUUGCUCGCGAUAAAGUAUUCUUGAACAAAUAUGGUGAUUAUUUGGAUGAUGAAUAUCGUGUAGUUGCAGAGUGGUGGACCGAAAAGAACAAGUCAAUGAUUCAAAAUGAUGAUGGCACUUGGGAGUUGAAGGAUAGUGAGGAAGAGAUUAAUUAA